AUGACUGCAUUUGCUAGCUGUCAAAUAAGAUUCUUGAAAAAUAAACAAAUUAUGGAAGCACAUAGAGAAGAUUUAACGAAUAUUGACUUUGAUAACAAUUGGAAAUGUUAUUGUCAACUUGCGAGUGAAGAAAUCAAUGAAGAAAAUAUGACCACAGCUGCAUAUAAUAUAGAUACCAACCAUCGUUGGUUCUCAAUAGACUUACCACAUAUUAUCGAUAUGAAUAAAUCACGUAAAUUUAAAGAAACAACUUUAUACAAAUGGUGGUAUCGUAAACGAUUCGACUGGGCAUCCUUAGAUAAACAAAUGCAACAACAAAUUCAUCUUAGUUUUGAACCGUAUGAUGACCUAAACGACAGUUCUGUUUCAACGGAUAUUACUGCCAUCAUAUGGCUCAAUAAUACACAAAUAUUUUCUGGUUUAUUUAUGGCAUUAACCAGUCCUAUUGAGGUGUCUUCAGAAUUAUUACAUUGUGAAAAUAUUGACGAACAAAAGCAUAAUAAUAUUAUGGUUAUUUGCUGUUCAAAUUCUACACUUUCUCUUCAUGCACGUCUUACGUUACAUGGCAAAAUAAUUUGUGCAACAGGGCAAGUGAACGUAAAUGAAGAAUCUGUAACCAAAGAUAGUACUUCGGAACAAAAACAGAAUGAAAUUUUAGAUUAUACGAUUGGUCUUGAUGAUACUAGUGGACGUAUUGAUGUCAUGUUUAAAUCAAAAAAGAAACACAAAGCACCUUUAAAACCAAUCACAUCAUCACCAAACUUCGUCAGAUAUGACAGGAAUGAAAAACAAAUAGAUGAAAAUAAAGAAGAGCUAAACGAUGAUCUUCUUAUACCUCGUUUAGCUAUUGUGAUACUCAUCGUUGGUACAAGAGGAGAUGUACAACCAUUUAUUGCUCUCGGUCAGGCACUACGAGCAAAUGGUCAUCGUGUUCGAUUAGCAACCCAUGAAGUGUUUCGAUCAUUUGUUCGUGGUAAUGGCCUCGAAUUUUAUCCAUUAGAUGGUGAUCCAGUUGAUUUAAUUUCAUUUAUGGUAAAAAAUGCUGGUAUUAUUCCAUCAAUGGAUAGUAUUAUCGCAGGAGAUGUUGGCAAAAAACGUCGAUUUUUAUCCGAUAUUCUUGCUUCUACAUGGCAAGCAUGUAUAGCAAAUGAUGAUGAAACAGAUAUGCCAUUUACAGCUGAAGCAAUUAUUGCUAAUCCACCAUCAUUUGGACAUGUUCAUUGUGCAGAAAAAUUACAAAUUCCUUUGCAUAUCAUGUUCACUAUGCCCUGGACACCUUCAACAGCUUUUCCGCAUCCAUUAUCGAACAUUGAUAAUUCAACAGGGUCAAGAAAACUAAUUAAUCGAUAUUCGUACGAUGUUAUUGAAAUGCUGACAUGGACAGGUCUGAGAGAUAUUAUUAAUAACUUUCGCAAGAAAAUAUUGGGUCUUUCAACUAUAAAUACCAGUCAGGCAAUAAACUUAUUAAAUGAUGAACGAGUACCACACACUUACUGUUGGUCGCCAUCACUUGUUUCCAAACCUGAUGAUUGGGGAGUACACAUCAAUGUUUCUGGCUUUUUCUUUUUGGAUCUUGGUAUUGCUUACACGAAUCCACCCCGAGAUUUGCUCGAUUUUCUUCAGCUCAAUGAUGACAACCAUAACGAGUCGAAAUUGCCACCACCCAUUUAUAUCGGUUUUGGUUCUAUUGCAGGACAUGAUUCUAGUCGUAUUCUUACCAUUGUUACCGAUGCAUUUAACCAAACUGGAUAUCGAGCUGUUCUAUCUGGUCUUGCUUCUGAUACUGAUCAUUUACCGUCCAAUAUAUUUAAAAUUGGAAAUGUACCACAUGAUUGGCUUUUCCAACACGUAUCAGCUGUAUGUCAUCAUGGUGGUGCAGGGACAACUGCAGCUGGCCUACGUGCUGGUAAACCAACAAUUAUUGUCCCGUUCUUUGGAGAUCAAUUUUUCUGGGGUACUGUAAUUGCGAAGAGUGGCGCUGGUCCUCAACCAAUUCCUGGAAAGUCGAUCACUACAGAACAGCUAAUUGAAGCAUUUCAUUUUGUUCAUAAGCCAACAACACGUGCUGCUGCUGAAUGUCUUCGUGAUUUUAUUCUGCAAGAAGAUGGAUGUACAGCAGCAGUACGUGCAUUUCAUGCUAAUCUACCGUUGACCCGUAUGUAUAGCGAUUUGGAACCAACGUUUGCUGCCUGUUAUCGUUCAGAUAAAUAUCGUAUACAAAUAUCACGACCAGUAGCUCAAGUAUUAGUAUCAGCGGGCCUUCUAGAAGAAGCUCAACUUCGUCCACAUCUUACACGAGAAUGGCAAUUCAAACAUGAUAAUCAUAUGCAUGUAAUCAUGCACGGUUUAUUCGAUCAUUCUCAGAAAGCUUUUUCAAAAAUGUUUAUUAAUACUGCGUCAGAGUUGAGACGCGGGGCCAGCAAUGAGAACUUAAGCAAGAGAGCGCUUGAAGGUGCUGGAACUGUUGCCAAAGGUAUUGGCUUAGGUAUGGGUCACUUAACAAUUGGAUGCUUUUUAUUGUAUGGUGAAUUGACCGAUAUACUUUAUCGUUUGCCUUAUUUAUAUGAUCCAUAUACUGACUCAAAAGCACGUCCACGACCAGUAGUCAUCGAUUUUAAGUCUGGUGCGAAGGCAGCUGGUUUAAUCUUAUGGAAUGGUUGGAAAGAUGGUGUCACGGGUUUGAUAAAGCAGCCACGAGCUGGUUAUAAACGUCAUGGUAUACUCGGUGGUGCAGCAGGAUCAUUAAUAGCAACAGUGAAUAUUUGGAUGAAACCUGGUAUUAGCACUCUUUCAUCUAUCACCUGGUUAGGUCGCGGUCUUCAUGCUAGUGUAAGAAAUGUUUUAGAAAAGUACAAAAAAGAAGGAAGACGUCUAUCACCAAAACUUUUCGAUGUCACUUCGUCGUUAUCAACUGCAAGUAAUGAAGAAAUACAGAAUGAAAAUGAUCGGGAAGUUUCGUCGGCUGCCAAAAUUGCUGCGAACAUUUCAGGUUUUCAUCCAAAAGUAUGCCAAAAUAUUAUUGAUGAAUUUGAGAAAAUUAAAGCAGAACAUGAACGACAUAUGGGUUCUGCAUCAACAAAAAAGAAAUAUCCAGUAGUAUACAUUUCUAAUAACAACAAAAUGAUAACAACACUUAGUAAUCCAUCACUGAAUGGUUUACUUGUUCAUAAGAAACCUUCUCGAUCUUUAUUGGCUAAAAUGGAACCACCACCAGUAUUAUCGGCAGCAGAAAAUGAACAACAAAAACAAGAACAACGAAUAGUUUCUGCUGCUGAUCUUCCGUUUGUAAGUGCAAAUAGUCAAUUUUUCUAUUCGCCAAUUUACCGACGUUAUUUUGGUUUAACACCACCGAAUCCUCGAUUAUGUAAUCCACGAUUACUUGAGGAUUAUAUUGAUUGGUAUAUAAAUGUUUAUAUGGAAGAGGAACUUCCAUGA